AACCCGAUAUAUUUUGAAAUCAGUGAUGCGUGCUUCCGUCCCAUCCCACUAACCUUAUGCAUUUCUUCCAGCAAACUCCCAUCCUAACUUCGCCUCUAAGAACAACUCCCCCUCCCCCUUCCUUCUCACCAACCAAAUCAAUCAUUCACCAUCAUCCACCCCCAUAUAUAUACCAUCAACCAAAAACGAAUAAAUAAACAAAACAAAAUGGCCACUAACUACUUCCACGGAACCCUCGAGGCCAUAAUCCACAAGGCCGCACCUCUCUCAUCAAGCUUCACCGCCUUCGUAACCAUCCACAUCGACGACACAACGGUCGCCGAGACCACCCGCAACCGCCACCAUGAAUGGAACCAAAGCUUCAGAAUCUUGUGCGCCCAUUCGGCCGGCGCCGUUGUGACGGUGGCGCUGAGGGCGCGGCUGCUUGUGCUAGCCAAGGUGCGGAUUUUGGCGAGUGAGUUGAUGGGCGAUGAGGGGGAGUGGAGGGAUUUCAAAGGGAGGUUGGAGUUCUCGGUGAGGUUUUGGGGGAAGGAUGCGAUGAUGGAUAGGGUGUUGGGGUCGUUUCCGGAGAGGGAGAAUUGCGGGGUUUUGCUGUAUCAGGAUGCGGAUCAUGGAGAGGAGUUUAGGGUUCCGGCGGGGGAGUACAGGCCGAGGCGGCUGUGGGAAGAUGUGUACAGAGUUAUUGAUGGUGCGGAGAAGUUGGUGUGUAUUGCUGGCUGGUCGCUUAAUCCCAACUUGGUUCUUGUAAGAGAUCCCCACUCAACUAUUCCGGCGGCAAUCGGAGUCAAACUCGGCCACCUUCUAAAGCGCAAAGCCGACGAGGGCGUCGCCGUCUGCAUCCUUCUUUGGGAUGACGAGACCUCCCUUCCCUUCAUAAAAAACUCUGGUUUUAUGCGUACCCACGACGAGGACGCUUUCUCCUUCUUCCGCCACACAAAAGUCCUCUGCCGCCUCUGUCCCCGCCGCUCCCACCUCCCCUCCUUCUUCACUCACCACCAGAAAACCAUCACUUCCGAUGCCUCCCCUCACCUCCUCCGCUAUCUCGGCAUCUCCACCACCACCACCACCGCCGCCACUUCUCCUCGCCGCGAGCUCCUCAGCUUCGUUGGCGGCCUCGACCUCUGCGACGGGCGAUAUGAUAAUGAGAAGCACUCUCUGUUUCGCACGCUUGAUGCUGAGGAUUUUUACCAAGCAAGCAUAGCCGGAGCUGGGAUUGGUCGUGGUGGGCCACGGCAGGCAUGGCAUGAUGCUCAUGCCUGUGUUGCGGGUGCUGCUGCGCGUGAUGUGUUGACUAACUUUGAGCAGCGCUGGGCGAAGCAUAGCGGCGAUGCCGGUGGAAUGGGUGCUGAGUUUUCUUUCUCGACUGCUGUUGAGGGUAAUUGGAACGUCCAGGUAUUUCGUACCAUGGAUGGAAUCUCCGUCGACGGAUUGCCAGAAAACCUCGGAACCUCCGAGCACAGCAUACACGACGCUUACGUGUCGGCCAUUCGCCGGGCACAGAGGUUCGUGUACAUCGAGAACCAGUACUUCAUGGGCGGGUGCCAUUUGUGGGACGAAGACGAGGCCAGUGGAUGCACAAAUCUAAUCCCCGUGGAGAUUGCGCUCAAGGUGGGCAGCAAGAUUCGUGCCGGCGAGAGAUUUGCGGCUUACGUGGUUAUCCCAAUGUGGCCGGAGGGUUCGGUGGACGGCGAGGCCGUGCAGGGCAUGUUGCAUUGGAGUCGGAUGACGAUGGUGAUGAUGUACCGAGUGGUGGGAGAAGCUAUUAGAGAGAGUGGGGUGAUGGCGCACCCAAGGGAUUAUCUCAAUUUCUUCUGUCUUGCUAAUAGGGAGGAGAGAAGGGAGGGGGAGUUUGUUCCUCGUUCUUCUCCCCCUCAUGGAAGCCAUUAUUGGAAGGCUCAGAAGAAUAGGAGAUUUAUGAUCUACGUGCACUCCAAGCUCAUGAUAGUUGAUGAUGAAUACAUCCUAAUCGGCUCAGCCAACUUGAACCAGAGAUCGCUGGACGGCGAUCGAGACACGGAGAUCGCAAUCGGGUGUUAUCAACCUAGCAGCACUAACAGUAGCCGACGAGGGGAUAUUUUCGCCUAUCGAAUGUCUCUCUGGUUCGAGCACGCCGGCAAAAUUGAAGAAGCUUUUGCAGAGCCGCAAAGCUUACAAUGUGUGAGUACUCUGCGCGGGCUUGGCGAUGAGAUGUGGAAGAAAUAUAGCGGCGAGGAGAUGGUCGACAUGGAAAGCGUACAUUUGGUGAGCUAUCCCGUGGAUGUGUUGGAAGAUGGUUCAGUUAGGGAUUUGGAGGGUGGCGGAGGCGCCUUUCCAGAUACCUCCGCGUUAGUAAGUGGCCGGAGAUCCAAGAUGAUCCCACCCAUUUGCACCACUUAA